CUUUUAAAUCUUGCUUGAGGAAAAGUCUUAUCUCAGCAAAGAAUUUCCAACAGUUGCAAAAUAAACAUUCUGCUGAACACGGCCUUGUCUUACAAUUACAAGUGCUGGUAAAACCGAAAGCGAUUGUAUCUUAGAAUCGAGAAUCGUACAUCGUUCGACGAUCGCAAUUCCGUAUCAAAAGAUUCUGAUAAUCGUACUCUAGUUCGUGCGCGUCUGUGAAAGCAUGUUCGUCCUCUGCUAGAUAGAAUAGAAUACAAUUGACGACUCUUCGCCGAGUGUGGCUGGGAACGUGAUCUCACACUCUGUUUAACCCGCGUGACAACGCGCACGUGUCUGCUGCCUGCGAUUUCUGCGUGGCCGGUUGUUUGUAUGAAGAAAGGAUUUCGAGUGGCGUGAGGAGCAAGCAAUUGUCGUCGCUGUAGAUCCUCCGAGAUUAUGUCCAUGGUCGGGAAUGGUAAGAUUGUGCGUGUCUCAACGCGCGAAACGAUCGAGUUACAUAUCCUGGCCUUUACCUACGGUCUAUGCCUGAUAGUCCGACGGUUCCUCAAAUGGAUAUGGGAUCCCAACAAGUUCUUCAUGUUGCGUCAGCGAGAUCAGCCUCCGCCGUGUCUGGUCGACAACAGCCUCGGCACGCAUUCCUACGUAAAAAUCAAAGGUGUUAAAUUCCAUUAUGUGGAAGCGGGGGACAAGAGUAAACCACUCGUGUUAUUAUUACAUGGAUUCCCGGACUGCUGGUUAUCUUGGAGAAAACAGAUCCCAUGUCUCGCAGAACACUAUAGAGUAGUAGCUAUAGAUUUAAAAGGAUUCGGUGAUAGCGAUAAACCGUUCAACAAACGAUCUUACAAACUCGAAAUUUUAAUAAAUGAAUUGAAACAAUUCAUUUUGACUCUCGGUGUGAAGACGUGCAGCAUAAUCGGCCACGACCUAGGAGGACUUCUGGGAUGGUACAUGGUCGCUCUACACACAGAUCUCGUUUAUAAAUUUAUAGUCAUUUCGAGUCCGCAUCCCAAUUUUUAUUGGAAUAGAGUAUCAAGAAAUUCUAUUUUAGAUAAAAAAUGGCUACAUUUCAGCAGAUUACCAUUUUUGCCAGAAAUAGAUGCGCUUAAAGAAGACUUAUCUAUUAUCAAUGAAGUAUUUCGACAUCUUCAAAUAUCUCAAGAUGACAAAGAAAAAAGUUAUGUCGAGGCGUAUAAAUAUGCCUUCAGUAGGAAAGAGGAUUGGACAGGACCGAUUAAUUAUUAUCGCAACCUACCAUUCACAAGACUGAAUACAGAUAGCGGCGAACAGAUAGAUAACAAAACGCUACUUCUAGUCGGAAAUAUGGAUCCUUUUGUAACAAUAGAGAGCAUUAUUCAAAGUGCCGAAUACGUAGAAGUAUCUAGGGUUAAAGUCAUACCACAGACGCAACAUUUUCCGCAUCAAGAAAAAUCGGAUGCCGUAAAUAAGGCAAUUAUUAAAUUUCUAAAAGGCACUACAUAUAAUUUGGCGCUUUCAAAAACGCCCGUAAAGAGUCUCAUGUCUUCCUGGCUAGGAUCUUUGAGUAACACCGUUAAAUAUGGUAAUCAAAUGAUUGACGUUGUACACAAACGAACUAAUGACAUUGUAAAUGUGUUACCAAAUAAAGCACUUUAUUUGGGACAAACAAGUUAAAUGGUGUUACAUCAGCGGUACAUUAUUUAGAACUUUGUACUUCAUUACGACAAAUCUAUAUAUCCUACCUACGCUA